CGGUACAGCUGCUCGCUGCUCGCUUCGUUUCAAAAAACGUCCGUCCGGCAUCUCCCGCGUCGAAACCGGUGCUGAGCAAUACUCUGACCCGUCCGGAAUCCAUAUUACCAUCACGCUGUCCGAAUUCGAAGCCGAUCUGUCAGUCCGGAUUUCAAUUCGAACCGAUAAUCGUAACACCGGAUCGGUACUUUCACGAUCCGGAUUAA